AUGUCCACAACUACCGGCACUUCCCAAUCCACAAUGAACCAUGCACUGGUUAGCCCGGACCAGAGCGUGCAGCAGUGCUUCUGCUUACCGUAUCUGUCACCACAUAGGCAACACAGUUAUCCGAACGCCAAAGUCAGCUCGAAUGGGACGCGUCCAGGAUGUGGUCCUCGUCGGACAAGUUAUUUCUCCUCGGCACUACCUCCGCCACCACCUUCACAGUUGCCACCACCACCACCACCGCCACCGCAACCACCACCACCACCCAAUAUCCCCGCGCCACCUCCGGACCAGUGCAUUCAUCCAUACGAAUUUUACGACCAUUUCUGCUCGACAAACUGGACAAACGGUUCUUCAAGACAACCACAGUGGACUCAGUCACGUGGCUUGUCACAGAAAUCGCCUAGUAUGUUCUCCACCCAACAGAACAAUCAUCCGAACAUCCAAAUUGGCGAGAGCGCCAGUGAUGCUGAUGGUGUUGCCGUCAAUGCUGCUGGUGAGCAUGCCUAA